ACCGUUGGCCGCGAUGGAGGGUGCAUGACGCCGGCGCGCUCUCGACAAUAUCACUCGCUACGCCUCCUAUAACCCGUUCCGCCGCUUGCUUGUGUGAGAGGAAGAGUGCGUGAGGUGUGAGCAAGAUCCGGCGCGCCCCUCACUCCCCUGGGCGUCCUACAACACGUGGAAAUAGGCCUAAGCAAAUGGGCAGUCAGCCGAGGGAGAUUUAAUUUAGUCGCGGAGUAGAGCGGAGGGAUCAGGACAGCCCACUACCACCACCAGCCCCGUCGCCACCACCGCCACCACGCCACCACCAGCAGCGCCGGCACCAUGGAAGACGCCCACUGCUACACCUUCGAGGAGGUCUGCAGCAAAUUCGGCGUGAAGACCGAAACAGGAUUAACCGAGUCCCAAGUGAAGGACCACCAGGCGAAAUAUGGACCCAAUGAGUUGCCCGCUGAGGAGGGCAAGACUCUGCUGCAGUUGAUCCUGGAGCAGUUUGACGACCUGCUGGUGAAGAUCCUGCUGCUGGCCGCCAUCAUCUCCUUCGUGUUGGCGUGCUUCGAGGAGGGCGAGGAAACAGUCACUGCCUUCGUCGAGCCCUUCGUCAUCCUGCUUAUCCUCAUCGCUAACGCCAUCGUCGGUGUGUGGCAGGAGCGCAAUGCCGAGUCCGCCAUCGAAGCCCUGAAGGAGUAUGAGCCGGAGAUGGGCAAGGUCGUGCGCGCCAACAAGGCAGGCGUCCAAAAGAUCCGAGCCAGGGAGAUCGUGCCCGGGGAUGUGGUGGAGAUUUCAGUGGGUGACAAGAUCCCAGCUGACCUCCGCCUGCUGAAGAUCUACUCCACCACUCUCCGCAUCGACCAGUCCAUCCUGACCGGAGAGUCUGUGUCGGUCAUCAAGCACACAGACGCCAUCCCUGACCCCAAGGCUGUGAACCAGGACAAGAAGAACAUUCUCUUCUCUGGAACCAAUGUCGCUGCUGGCAAGGCUCGUGGUGUUGUGAUUGGCACUGGUCUGGCCACUGCUAUCGGCAAGAUCCGCACCCAGAUGGCUGAGACCGAGGAGAUCAAGACUCCGCUGCAGCAGAAGCUUGACGAGUUUGGCGAGCAGCUGUCCAAGGUGAUCUCCAUCAUCUGCGUGGCCGUGUGGGCCAUCAACAUCGGCCACUUCAACGACCCUGCCCACGGCGGCUCCUGGAUCAAGGGCGCCAUCUACUACUUCAAGAUCGCCGUGGCCCUGGCCGUGGCCGCCAUCCCCGAGGGCCUGCCGGCCGUCAUCACCACCUGCCUGGCCCUGGGCACGCGCCGCAUGGCCAAGAAGAACGCCAUCGUGCGCUCCCUGCCCUCCGUGGAGACCCUGGGCUGCACCUCCGUCAUCUGCUCCGACAAGACCGGCACGCUCACCACCAACAUGAUGUCUGUCUCCCGCAUGUUCAUCAUGGACAAGGUCGAGGGCAACGACUGCAACCUGCUGGAGUUUGAGAUCACCGGGUCCACCUACGAGCCCAUCGGCGACGUGUUCCUGAAGGGCGGCAAGGUGAAGGGCGCGGACUUCGAGGGCCUGCAGGAGCUGGCCACCAUCUCCUUCAUGUGCAACGACUCCUCCAUCGACUUCAACGAGUUCAAGAACAUGUUUGAGAAGGUGGGCGAGGCCACGGAGACGGCCCUCAUCGUGCUGGGCGAGAAGAUCAACCCCUACAGCGUGGCCAAGGUGGGCCUGGACCGCCGCUCCGCUGCCAUCGUGUCGCGCCAGGACAUGGAGACCAAGUGGAAGAAGGAGUUCACGCUGGAGUUCUCCCGCGACCGCAAGUCCAUGUCCUCCUACUGCACGCCCCUCAAGACCACCCGCCUGGGCGCCUCCGGGCCCAAGAUGUUCUGCAAGGGUGCGCCCGAGGGCGUGCUGGACCGCUGCACACACGUGCGCGUGGGCACCCAGAAGGUGCCCCUCACGCCGGGCGUGAAGGAGAAGAUCCUGUCCGUCACCCGCGACUACGGCUGCGGCCGCGACACCCUGCGCUGCCUGGCCCUGGCCACCAUUGACGCCCCACAGAAGCCCGAGGACAUGGACCUGGGCGAAUCCAACAAGUUCUACACCUAUGAGGUCAACAUGACCUUCGUGGGCGUGGUGGGCAUGCUGGACCCCCCCAGGACUGAGGUCAAGGACUCCAUCCAGCUGUGCCGCGCCGCUGGCAUCCGCGUCAUCGUCAUCACCGGCGACAACAAGGCCACGGCCGAGGCCAUCUGCCGCCGCAUCGGCGUGUUCAACGAGACUGAGGACACCACCGGCCUGUCCUACUCCGGCCGGGAGUUUGACGAGCUGUCCCCGGCGGAGCAGCAGGAGGCUUGCAUGCGAGCCCGCCUCUUCUCCCGCGUGGAGCCGUUCCACAAGUCCAAGAUCGUGGAGUACCUGCAGAACAAGAACGAGAUCUCCGCCAUGACUGGUGAUGGCGUGAAUGACGCCCCGGCCCUCAAGAAGGCCGAGAUCGGCAUUGCCAUGGGCUCCGGCACAGCUGUGGCCAAGUCCGCCUCCGAGAUGGUGCUGGCCGACGACAACUUCUCGUCCAUCGUGGCGGCCGUGGAGGAGGGCCGGGCCAUCUACAACAACAUGAAGCAGUUCAUCCGUUACCUCAUCUCCUCAAACAUCGGCGAGGUGGUGUCCAUCUUCCUGACGGCCGCCCUGGGCCUGCCCGAGGCGCUCAUCCCCGUACAGCUGCUCUGGGUCAACCUGGUGACUGACGGCCUGCCCGCCACGGCCCUGGGCUUCAACCCCCCUGACCUGGACAUCAUGGACAAGCCCCCCAGGAAAGCCGACGAGUCCCUCAUCUCCGGCUGGCUGUUCUUCCGCUACAUGGCCAUCGGCGGCUACGUGGGCGCCGCCACAGUGUUCGCCGCCUCCUGGUGGUUCAUGUACGACCCCACCGGCCCCCAGCUGAACUACUACCAGCUGUCCCACCACCUGUCCUGCCUUGGCGACCCAGAGAACUUCGAGGGCCUGGACUGCGGCAUCUUCAGCCACCCGGCGCCCAUGACCAUGGCGCUGUCCGUGCUGGUCACCAUCGAGAUGCUCAACGCCCUCAACAGCUUGUCCGAGAAUCAAUCCUUGCUUGUGAUGCCUCCGUGGGUCAACUUCUGGCUGCUGGCGGCUAUGGCCCUCUCCAUGACUCUUCACUUCAUCAUCCUCUACGUUGAUAUCCUUGGCACUGUGUUCCAGGUUAUGCCUCUCACAUGGAAUCAGUGGUUUGCCGUAAUGAAGAUAUCCCUGCCGGUCCUCCUCCUUGACGAGAGCCUCAAGUUCCUGGCCCGCAACUACACUGAUGGUGAGCGCUCCCCCCUCUCAGGCUGCCAAUGGAUAAUCCUUGCCUGGGCUGGGUACUUUGCAUACCUCCGGGCAGACCCUUUUUAAGCGUGUGACCUCUGAGUUUACCUGUGUUCUCCGCCCUCCCUCCGCCCGACUCCACCCCUUCCGCUCCCGCCCGCCCGCCCUCCGCCCGCCUCCAUGUGUGUGGUUUAUACUGAUUUGAGUGAUGGUGUGGUUGAGUGCCUGGUUGAGUGAUUGGGUUGAUUUUUUUUAAUGUUUUUUGGGGGGGAUUUUAUGUAUGGUUCCCUUGAUGCCAGUGUUACUACUACUACUACUACUACUACUACUACUACUACUACUACUACUACUACUACUACCCUCCUCCUCCUCCUCCUCCUCCUCCUUUAGCUAAAUUUUAUGAUAUUGUCAAUUUUUUCUUUUAAUUUUCUUAUGAUAAAUUUUAACUACUACUACUACUACUACUACUACUACUACUACUACUACUACUAUCCUCCUCCUUCUUCUUCUUCUUCUUCUUCUUCUUCUUCUUCUCCUUCCUUGUUUAUAUUUAUCAAUCUAUUUAUUAUUUAUUUAUUUAUUAUUGACAUUCAGUAUUGACUCCUUCCUCCUCCUCCUUCCUCCUCCUCCUCCUUCCUCCUCCUCCUCCUCCUCCUCCUCCUCCUUCUCCUUCACCUCCUUUCCCUAAGUUAUGGAAAAAUUGUCAGAGAGAGAGAGAGAGAGAGAGAGAGAUAGGACCCCCCCUCCCCCCUUCCCUACCCCCCAAAACAAUCCCCCUCCCCCCCACCCUUUCCCAUGUACAGAAAAAGAGAAGAGAGAGAAAAAUUAAAGAAAAUCAGAUGAGAGAGAGAGAGAGAGAGAGAGAGACGAUUGCUUUCUUGAGGCUCAGCUGUUACCCUGCUGUUGCUGUCGCUGCCACGUGUGUGCGUAUGUGUGUGUGUGUGUGUGUGCUUGUGUGCGCGUGUGGGGUGUACAUAAGCCCUGUAGUAGUGUUUUUAAUGGGGGGAGAAUGGGGUGAGGUGACACACACACACACACACACACACACACACAUCUUGAUUUGCGAUGAUGUGUGUGUGUGUGUGUGUGUGUGUACAUAAAUACGUACACACACAGACACACGCGCGCACAUGUAUAAUGAUUGUAAAUACAGAUAUAUACGCUGGUUUGUGGUGUGUGUGUGUGUGUAUAUGUGUGUGUGUGUGUGUGUAUAUUGAGAUUAUAUAUGUGUGUGUGCGUGUGUGUGUAUAUAUGAGUGUGUGCGUGUGUGCGUUUUGUGUGCGUACCACCAUCGCUGUUUUUCUUACUCUCACGGAAAAGAGGAAAAGAAAAAAAAAUUAUGAGUGUGAAACAAACAAACAAACAAACAAACAAACAAACUCACAGAACGUUGAGUAGAGGAAAACAAACGGACGAACGAACGGACCAGCGCGGCUCGGACAGGACAUUGCCGACGCUUCAGAAGGGAAAAAAAAAACAAAAAAAAAACAGUGACCAAGGAAAAGAAAAUUAAGAAAAAAAAAAUUCAAUCUGUGCCUUUUUAAAAUUACUCCAAAAAAAAAAAAAUAAUAAUAAUAAUAAAAAAAAAUUCGACCAUCAUAAAAAAGUCCCCAUUUUUUCCCCAAUUUCCCCAUUAUUUAUGUUUAUUUAUACCCUAUUUAUACUAUACCCCCCCUCUGUACCCCCCUUUCCCCCCUCUGUACCCCCCCUCCCCCCAUUUCCCAAUUACAACAGGGUAUUAAAACAACCCCCAUUCUCCCCCUUCUCCAAUUUCCCCAUUAGCCCUAAAUCUGUGCUUUCCCGACAGUGGCUUAUUUUCCCCAUUUUUUCCUAUUUCCCUAUUUUUCCUAUUUUCCCAUUUCCCAUUUUUCUUCCUAUUUCUUCCUAUUUUUUCAAUUUUUUUCCCCAUUAAAAUUCUCCUCAGUAUCUUUUUUCCCCAUUUUCCCUUUAUAUCACUUGGCUUACAACCGAGAGAGCCCGGGUUCGAUUCCCGGGCGGAGUGGAAAAAUUUGGGGGGCUUUUCCGAUGCCCUACGCCCCUGUCCACCCAGCAGUGAAUGGGUACCAGGUAUUAAUUGGGGGUUGUGUCCCGUCUCCUGGGGUCUGUUCCCUUCUCCUAUAAUUCCUUCCCCUUCUGUCUCUCUCCGGCAUAUGACCACAGAUGUUGGGUUGUGUCCCGUCUCCUGGGGUCUGUUCCCUUCUCCUAUAAUUCCUUCCCCUUCUGUCUCUCUCCGGCAUAUGACCACAGAUGUUGGGUUGUGUCCCUUCUCCUAUAAUUCCUUCCCCUUCUGUCUCUCUCCGGCAUAUGACCACAGAUGUUGGGUUGUGUCCCGUCUCCUGGGGUCUGUUCCCUUCUCCUAUAAUUCCUUCCCCUUCUGUCUCUCUCCGGCAUAUGACCACAGAUGUUGGGUUGUGUCCCGUCUCCUGGGGUCUGUUCCCUUCUCCUAUAAUUCCUUCCCCUUCUGUCUCUCUCCGGCAUAUGACCACAGAUGUUGGGUUGUGUCCUGUCUCCUGGGGUCUGUUCCCUUCUCCUAUAACUCCUUCCCCUUCUGUCUCUCUCCGGCAUAUGACCACAGAUGUUGGGUUGUGUCCCGUCUCCUGGGGUCUGUUCCCUUCUCCUAUAAUUCCUUCCCCUUCUGUCUCUCUCCGGCAUAUGACCACAGAUGUUGCGCCCACUAAACGAAACUUUCCAACUUUUUCCCUGUAUUUAUUUUUAUCCCAUUGGCUUUUCUCCCUAUUUUUCUUCCCUAUUUCCCCCCCCCCACCCCAUAUCUCCCCUCCCCUUCCCUCUCGUCCCCCUCAGUGGCUUUGUUUUUUUAGUAUAAGUUAAAAAGUUGAAGUUUGUAAAUGAGUAAAAAUAAAAUAAUAUAAGAAAACGUGAA